UUGUUGUUUUUGUGGAAAGUGAAACUAAAAAGUUGGAGCAGGAACUUAAGACAAACACUUCAUGUUUCACCGCUUAGGGUUAAAAAAAGUUAAAGCCAAUAUUAGUACUACUACUAGUUAUGAAAAAAUAAUUUUACCGGGUGUCUUUAAAAGCAGUGAUAUGUUCUGCUGGCUGAUUUCGGAUAGUUGAACGUGUCUCAGCUGCUGUUCCAGCUGCUCCAGGAAAACUUUUCAGAAGUGAACAUGGAGAGUCUGCAGGAUCAGGACAAGCUGUUGCUGCUGGUGGAGAAAUACUGCAACCUCAGGUCAUGUCCAGUACUACCUUUCAAGGGACUAGGAGAACCAGGGAGGCCUUCACCCCUGUCAGUCUGCAAACAAUCAAAAAAAACAGUUAUUCGAAUACCCUCCUUGGACAUAGAGUCUGACUCCCUCGAUCGUUCUGGAUCUGUAAAAAAAGCCCAGAAUGUCCCGAGGCAGCUGGCGAAGAUCGCGGAUUCGGCACCGAUCGCCGAGCAGAACCUCCAGACACAAGAUGAGAUCAUCCAGAGACUCGUCAAGCUGAUGAUAACACUUGGAGAUGACAUUAAUGUGAAGCUCAACCAGAACCCGGCCCUGCAGCAGCAGCUCCAGAACCUGAACUACAACCUGUUUGAGAGGCUGACGUCCACCGUGCAGAACCUGGUGGUGCCACCGGACCAGGCGGCAUGCCUAGACGGUCUGGUCCAGAAGCAGAGGAUCGCCUGGGCCUUUGAGGUGACCAGCAGACUGUCCUCCGUCACUGUGGUCCAACGCAGGGCGAUACAGCAGUUUGGAGCCCGAUACAUCGCAGAGAACCACGCUGGCUGGGUCCAGCAGCAAGGAGGCUGGGAGGAAGCUUUUGACUGAACAGCGGAUCGGUCAGACGGAGAAAACUAAACUGUGAACGACUUGAAGAUAUUUAUUUUUUCUAAUUAAGAUUUGAAGUUUAUGGAAUAAAAUCAAAGUGAAGAAGGAAAACUGAUCAUCA